AUGACCCCGACACCUCCUUCGACAAACUCCUCGAGUGCUGGCCACUCUCCAGAUUACAGGGUCGUCCGGAAACGAAAUCGAGUACCUUUGUCAUGUGGGCCUUGUCGGCACAGAAAGCUGAAAUGCAAUCGUUCAAAUCCCUGCGAAAACUGCGUCAAACGAGGAGAUGCCGCUUCAUGCAACUAUGCGCAACCCAACUCGCGCAGGAAGAACCCGUCCCAGCAGUCGUCCAACACACCAGAUGAUAUGCAAAAUCGCAUCGAUCGAUUAGAAGGCUUGGUUCUUUCGUUGAUGACAAACGGCCCUCAGUCCGAGGGUCCAGCUGCUGCCAUGGCAGCAAUCUCCGGCGAUGGUAGCGGGGACUCGGCUCGGUUCUCCAAUGACUACGAUAUCGAGGAGGAAGGUAUGGAGGGCGCCGAAGAGAGCGACACGGACCAGGUGACGAAGUCGUUUGGUAUCAUGAAGAUGGACAAUAAUAAGUCCUAUUACAUCAGUGAAGCCCAUUGGGCGGCUGUAUUGAAUGAUAUCGCCGAGGUGCGGAGCUACUUCACAACACACAGGAAGCAAUUCGAUGAGCAAGUCGAAAAAGUUAAAGCGGCCCGUCCAGCUACUGAUACGCCAGGCGCCACUUUGUUGUUUGGUAUCAAUAAGCCGAUGAGCCGUAACGAGAUCAUGACUGGCCUGCCAUCUAAGUAUACAACUGACAUUCUCAUUGCUCGCUAUUUCAAUUGCUACGACCGUGCAACCCAUAUUCUUCAUGCGCCCACAUUCCAAGCACAGUAUAAUAAACAUUGGGAUGACCCUGCGGCGACCGAACUUGUAUGGAUCGCCAUGCUUUUUGCUAUGAUGAGACUGGCAAUGCUAUCUUACCAUCGCGAAGGCGAUGAGCCACCUGAAUUCCGGGGCAAGUCCAUGGACAUGGCUGGGGGAUUCCGAAAUUCUGUAGCCCAGUGCUUGACAUUGGCUGACUACACGAAACCUCACCGUUUUUUGAUUGAAGCACUCGUGUUUCAUUUGCAUGGCGAUUUUGAUCAGACCCGAGAGGCGGAUAUUUCGAUCUGGGUUAUGACUGGCGUUAUUGCUCGUUUAGCAAUGCGAUCAGGAUACCACCGUGAUUCCAAAAUGUUCCCAAACAUCACACCUUUCCAGGGUGAGAUGCGUCGACGAGUGUGGAGCUUUGUGCGACAAGCCGACAUUCUAUUCUCACACCAGGUUGGGUUGCCAGGCAUGAUCCGGGGUACAGAUACCGAUACCGAGCUACCACGGAGUUUGUACGAUGAUGAUUUCGAUGAAGACUGCAAGGAGCUCCCGCCACCUCGCCAAUUGAAUGAGCCAACACCGAUCUCGUACUUGAUUGCUAAGGCGCGCCUGACAAACUCAUUUAGUCGCGUGGUUGAGCAAAGUGCUUCUGUCGCGUCAGUUCCUUACGAAAAAGUGAUGGAAAUUGACGCGGAACUUCGACAGGCAAGGGAUUUGAUACCUGAUCACUUGCGCAUUCGGCCUAUGGAGGAGUGCCAGUUGGAUCCUGUUAAUCUAAUAAUGUCACGGUUUGCUGUAAUGGCCGUAUACAACAAAGCCCAGAUUGUGCUUCAUCGCCCAUACCUGGGUCGCGCUCGAGAAAAUCCUCGCUUUACCUAUUCUCGAAGGACAUGUAUCGACUCGGCGAUGGAGUUAUUGCAAGUCCAGGCGCUUCUGCACGCGGAAGCGUGCAACGGACGCCUACGCAGUCGCCAGACCCGGGUAACUUCCCUCAAUUCAGCCGACUUCUUACUCGCAGCCACCGUCGUUACUCUCGACUUAUACCAAGGCAUGUCAUUGCAGGGGACCGGCCGGCCAUCGGGAGACACAUACACAUGGGGCCGAGAGCGGCGCGAUGAGAUGACCGCUGCGAUCCAACGAUCAAUAGAAAUUUGGGAUGAGUCGCGUGAUGAGAGCAUGGAGGCAUUCAAAGCAUCAACCAUUCUUGGUGUGAUGCUCAGCAAGCUGAAAGUGUCGGCCUCAACUCUUGAAAAUGGCACCGGAGCAGCUUCAUUUGAGCCACAAGAUGAGAAGCAGAACGCGGCCAUGACUCUCGGCCUGCUAAGCAGUGGAAUGAGCCCGAUGAACCCGGGUCCGCCGCCGUUUGCUGAUCCCAUGUUCAAGAUGGGAGACUUGCCAAUGGGAGUAGGAGCAGGUGGCAUGGGCGGCUUGACUGAGAUGCCGGGUGCGCCUUCGCCAUUUAGCAGCAUGUUUGGGCAGAUGCCGGAUAUGCAAGUCAAUUUGGAUUGGGAUGCUUGGGACACAUACAUCCAAAACCCAACACUCGACACAACAAAUCAAUUCUGGCCUAUGAUUGAUGCACAACGCCAAUCAAUCCCACAGCCUGGAGGCAUGACACAGCCUCCGGUGCCUAGUCCUUUAAGCUCGGGACAGGUGCCAUCAACUACUGGUGUUCCGCGCCCACCGACAAUGUUCUCAGCAUCUUCCAGCAGCCCUGAUAGUGGAGGUGUGCCAGUAACAGGAUACGCAACGGCGCCAAUACCUCAACAAAAGAAUGGCCGGGGUCAAGGUUCCAUAUAA